UGUAAAUAGUGCUUAUGCUGUGGGUUAGAGAAAAUUUCAUAAACAAUGGAGUAGUAAAAUAAUUAUUUUUUGGUAAAUUUAUUUCAUUCUCUCGCCAAUUUAUUUGUCUUCUCCGUCGAUGCGCCACUCUGUUUCAGAGAAAGAUUGCAAUCAUAAUUCAGCGGUCUUUUAUCUACACGUGCGAAUUGCUAAAUUCGCAAUUGCUUCGACAAAGGUCACGCUUCUCUCCUCUUGUCGAUGGCGGCGACGCUGCUGUUUCUCCGCCGCAAGAAAUUCUCCGUCACAACACUCAGUUUCUGCACUCGCAGUCACACCGCAGCUAACUGCACUUCUCUAAAAACCCUAUCUUCGGAUGCAUUUUUACUCGAAAAUAUUUUGUGGGCUCUAAAGAGAGGUCACUCGAUCAGAAAUCAUUUACUUUAUCAGCUAAAACCAUCGACAUAUGCGCAAAUCAUUUACGAAUUCCGUCAUGAUUUGCAUAUUCGCCAGAAAUUUGUUGAUUGUGUCGCAACGAAUUGCCCCAACUUUAAGCACUCGUCGCUGUCGUUGAGCGCGGCUAUACAUGUGUUGGUGAUAAGUAAAAGGGUUUCUGAUGCACAGGCUUUGAUAUUGAGGAUGAUCAGGAGGAGUGGGGCUUGUAGAGCUGAGAUUAUUGGUUCAGUUUUAGAGACAUAUGAGAAAUGUGGCUCGAAUUCUAGUGUUUUUGAUUUGUUAAUUAGGACUUUUGUGCAAGCUAGGAAGUUUAGGGAGGCCGUUGAGGUGCUCUAUAUGUUGAGAUUGAAGAAUGUUUUUGUUUCUAUUAACGCGUGCAAUAGUGUUCUUGGUGGGCUUGGUAGGAUCGGGUGGGUUGAUUUGGCGAGGGAGGUUUACGAUAAAGCUGUUAGGGGUCGAACGGAUUUGAAUGCGUACACGCUCAACAUCAUGGUGAAUGUGUUCUGUAAAGAGUAUAAGACUGAGGAAGCUAAGGAUUUUUUAGUUGAAAUGGAGAAAAGAGGGAUCUUUCCGGAUAUUGUGACUUAUAACAUUUUGAUCAAUGCUUAUUGCCGCGAAGGGGAUGUUGAGAGAGGUCGGGAGUUGAUGAUGCUGAUGCGGGCUAAGGGUUUGGAGCCGAGUCUUUUGACCUAUAACUCGCUAAUCGCUGGUUUGUGUAAAAACGGGUGUUAUGAGAGAGCAAAGAGUGUUGUAAGCGAGAUGAUGCAGAAUGGGGUAUGUCCUGAUACUGCUACUUAUAACAAGUUGUUAUUGGAGUGUUCGAGGAAAAAUAAUCGUGCAGAGGCUGAGAGCGUUUUUCGUGAAAUGUUCUGUCGUGGUGUUGUCCCUGAUUUGGUUAUUUACAGCUCAAUGAUUGGGAUUUUUUCAAGAAUUGGGGAUCUUGAUAGGAUGAUAGUUUAUUAUAAGCAACUGCAGUCCAAUGGCCUGUUACCUGACAAAGUUGUUUACACGAUCCUGAUUCGUGGAUUCUGUAGACAUGGUGCCGUAUCAGAUGCAAUGAAGGUGCGUGAUGAGAUGGUGAAACUUGGUUGCCAGAUGGAUGUAGUGACUUACAAUACCAUCUUGAGUGGUUUAUGCAAAGGAAAGAUGCUUUCUGAGGCAGACACACUUUUCAACGAGAUGGUGGAAAGGAGUGUGUUUCCUGAUUUUUGUACUUACACAACUCUGAUAGAUGGAUAUUGCAAGGCUGGAAAUGUGGAUAAAGCAGUGAACUUAUUCGGAUCUAUGCUUCAAAGAAAUUUGAAGCCUGAUGUGAUUACAUACAAUACUUUGAUUGACGGAUUUUGCAAGGCCGGUGAAAUGGAGAGAGCAAUGGAGUUAAGAGAAGACAUGAUUUUGAAAACAAUACAACCCAAUUAUAUCACAUAUGGUAGUCUAAUUAAUGGAUUCUGUGAGCGUGGUUACGUGUCGGAAGCAUUUAGAUUGUGGGAUGAAAUGAUUGGUAAAGGUAUCGAACCCAACAUGGUUAUUUGUAACUCUCUUAUCAAGGGCUACUGCAGGCAUGGUUAUCCGGGCAAGGCGUUCGAUUUUUUGAAGAAGGUGAAAUCAAGAGGGCUUGUCCCGGACUCUUUCACUUAUAACACUCUCAUUCAUGGAUUUAUGAAAGAGGAGAAUGUCGAUAUGACAUUUGUAUUAGUGAAUCAAAUGGAGAAAGAGAGUAUCUCACCCGAUUUAGUUACCUAUAAUGCUAUCCUUGAUCAGUUCUGUCGACUUGGUAGAAUGCAAGAAGCCAAUUCAGUAUACAGAAAGAUGAUUGAGAAAGGCAUCAACCCUGAUCGUGCUACUUAUACAUCAUUAAUAAACGGUUAUGUCUCGCAGGAAAAUUUGAAGGAAGCUUUUAGCUUUCAUGAUGAGAUGCUGAAAAGGGGUUUCAUGCCUGAUGAUAAUUUUUGAUGUGUAUGUGAGAGUGCUACAUUUUAAUGGCUGGUACGGGUUGUUAAUUCAUGGAACUUCAUCCUGUUGGCCUACUGAACUGUGGAAAUAGUUUUGCAAAUGCAGUGGUGAACUAUGACUAAGUUAUUACUGAAUAGUAAAGUUCUAUAGAACUUCAGUAACAAUGAUUUAGGCCGCAAAAGAGAUUGGUGCCUUUAUCUGCGAAUUUGAACAUCUGAUACGGAAGGGACAAGAAAUGAAAUCUCCUAUGAAUCCAGUUGGAUAUAUCUCAGAUACAAAGGAUUGGAAGUCAUCUAAGUCACGGACGCGAAGAAGAUGUGCAUGACUUUCUGAGAAACGGGAUAGAUACAAUGCAAUCUAUAUGGCACGAUGAGGCACUUGUAUCUGGUUCGUUGGCUGAGGAUUCAACUCUUCUUGGCCUUACAUUUGGUGGCUACCUUUGAUCCACAGUCUGUCUUCAUAGAGCAGCCAUUUUUUAGUCAGUGAUGUAUCUUAGAUAAGUUAAUCUGGUUUUUAACAUUAAAUGUAACAUAGUGAUUUACCCAAUGGUGUAUGGCAUAUCAAUACGCUUGAAAAGGGUCUUGCACAA